AUGUCGGAUCAAUUUCCAUUGAAAGGCUCCUCCUAUUCUACAGUGCUCAAAACACCGGCAGAGGUUGUCAAGGACACACCUGACAAAUCUACGAUCCUCAAGACCCCGUCAAAACCUGAACAGAAGAGAAUGGAGGCACCCAAAGCAAAAGGAAGGGCUGCUGAGAUAGACAAGUCGAACAGAUUUGAACAUCGGAGACUGGACCCUGGCACGAUAUUCAUCGCGGAGCACUACGAAGGGGCUGGUAGUGAUUCAAAUUUCGGACUCAUUAGAGAGGAUGGUGUGACGGCAGAUGGCAUCACCACCUGUGCGUCUCACCGCCCAAUCGUCAUCAAAGAUCGCAAGUUCAUCGUCCUUUUCGUGCACACAUAUCAGUAUAUAUGCAUCCCUCUUUUUACCUACCAGAAAGAUGGUGCCAACAGCAGGCGAGACGAGGAAGAGCAUGUUUCUGUCGAAGAUUGCCGACUACAUACACCACGGACAAUUCAGCAGUCGCAAUGGAAACCUCUACGAACUCUUUAUAUGACGCCCGAAGCUCAUGCUUUAGCUGCGAACACCGCUGCGAGAGUCACCUUCCCUAUCUCCAGAGCCAAAAACUUCCCAGUCGAAGUCCUCGGGGCUCUUGACAACGAAUCAAUCGAGAGGCUUAAGGAGCUAUUUAUCAUAUUCAACGACUUGGCUCCAAACGGAGAGGUAAAGACCCGGCUCGAAAAUAAGCAUAGAGAUCCAACUUGGACUGGUGCACCUUCUGCAAUGACGAUCCCGGGCUCGACCACCGCCAAUGAAAAUCUGAAUCCUCCUCCAGGACUAGGUCUACCCACCGCAUCGACAUCGUUCGGGUCUACCUCGCCAGCGGCCCGUUCCCAGCGCACGUUUGGUCAGAGCUGGAGAACCCACAGCUCAGGCCAGUCCGGUAGUUACCAGGCGGGGGGAUUUGAUUGGGGCCGUCUGGGGCAACGCCGCGCCGGCGCUGCAUCCAGAUCUCAAGGAAGCCAGGGUGAAGGAGCGGGGCAAGGAGGCGGUGACAGUCAAGGAUCAGACCAGCAAUCUGGCCGUGGUCAUCUGCCACAGAGUUUCUUCUAUGCACAGAGGCGUGCUAGGAGGUCAUGGAGGCCGGUUAUGGACAAGAUUGGGAUGAAGGCGUCAGCGUGGAGUGGUGACGGCGGUAGUGCGAAGAAGAAUAAGAGGAAGGCGGAGGACCGUGGUGAUGAUGAAGGUGGUGAGAAGCGACGUGACCAGCCACAAGGGCAAGUCAGGAGGAGCGGCAGGAAGCGGACUAAGGUUGGGAGUUAUGCUGAAUGA